CACAUCCUCAUCCAUUCAUCCUUAUCUUCCUUAACACCCCUAAAUAAACUGUUAUAUAAUCAUUGAUAAAUACAGAAUUGGUACAUACAUAUCUCUUGUGUUGGUAAGGGAUCAUUAAGAAGAAGCUAAGUAACAAGAUGCCUAGAGUAUAUGCAGUCAGGGGGCCUGAAGAUGAGGAGCAGUCGAACACGGUGAGAGCUGCUUUGGCUGAGUUUCUGUCUACCUUCAUCUUUGUCUUUGCCGGUGAAGGCUCCGUUCUUGCUCUUGAUAAGAUGUACAGGGACAAGGGUUUGGGAGCUGCAAGUCUGCUUGUGAUUGCACUUGCACAUGCCUUAUCCCUCUUUGCUGCGGUGGCUUCUGCUGCCAACACUUCGGGUGGCCAUGUCAACCCGGCUGUGACCUUUGGCGCUUUGGUAGGGGGGAGAAUCUCUGUAAUGCGUGCAGUUCUCUAUUGGGUUGGUCAGCUCUUAGGUGCUGUUGUUGCCUCCCUCUUGCUCAGGUUCUCCACGGAUGGCAUGAGACCACUUGGAUUCGAGGUGGCUGCAGGUGUGGGGACCUGGCAUGCAUUGCUGAUGGAAAUUGUACUAACUUUUGGUCUUGUCUACACCGUGUUUGCAACUGCUAUUGAUCCGAAAAGAGGUCACUUGGGGACAAUUGCACCCCUGGCAAUUGGAUUAAUAGUUGGGGCAAAUGUGCUGGUGGGGGGACCUUUUUCAGGUGCAUCCAUGAAUCCGGCAAGGGCAUUUGGACCAGCUUUGGUAGGGUGGAGGUGGAACAACCAUUGGAUCUAUUGGCUCGGUCCUUUCAUUGGUGCAGCACUGUCCGGUUUGAUCUAUGAGUUCGGGAUCAUAGAAUCAGAGGCCAUCCCGCACCAUACUCAUACCCAUCACCAGCCUUUGGCUCCAGAGGACUACUAGCUUGUUUCGUUGUUUGCUAUUGUCCUAGUUUGUAUUUGGUGUUCUGUUUCAAGGAGCUGUGUUAACUAAGUCUGUUGAUUCAGACAGUUGUGUAUUGUGCUUUGUUGAACCCUUUUGUUUGUGUUGAUUUUGUUCCAGUGUUAAAUAAAUGCAGUUAUUAAACUGUUACUGCAA